ACUGCAUUAAUACGCCCACCAACACUAUCUUCUCCUCUCCUCUCCUCCCCUGUCUCUCUUUCUGUCUCUAUAUAAUAUUUUCACCCCCUCCUCACCGGAAAAACACUCAAACAUAUAUAUAAACAAUCCCAAUAAAUAUAUACACAUAUAUACAAAGAUUGAAUCUUUACAAUGGAGGAGGAGAGGGUGAUUAUGAAUGGAGACGAGGAAGAGAAGGUGGGAUUGUUGAAUGAAGAAGGGGGUGUGUCAGUUUUGGAUUUCGAUAUGCUCUGUUCUGCUGUGGCUGCUAUGCAGAAUCAAGGCAAAUGCAAAUGGGUCAAUAGUCAAGAUCAAGAUUAUGGGGAUGCUGAUUCUGAACGUGGGGGUGUUUUAAGGAUGUGGGAAGGGGAUGUUUUUGAUUGCUUUGAUGAUUCUCGCAUUCUUCUUGAAUCUUCUUGUUGUCCUUGCUAUAGGUUUGGGAAGAACAUGAAAAGAGCUGGGUUUGGAUUUUGCUUUGCUCAGGCAAUUGUUUACAUUGUUCUUGCUGCCGCUGCCCUCGUCAGUAUAACAGCAUUCGUUGUCACAAGGAAACAUUGCUUUCUGUAUAUGGGCGUUGCUUUUACCAUCUCUGUUGGAGCAUACAUGGGAUUUCACCGGAUGCAGAUAAGAAAUAAGUUCAACAUCAGGGGAACUGAUAGUUUAUUGGACGACUGUAUGUACCAUCUGGUUUGCCCUUGCUGUACACUUAGUCAGGAAUCCAGAACAUUGGAGAUAAAUAAUGUCCAAGAUGGCACUUGGCAUGGUCCUGGUGUGGGAGCCUAUAAUGAAGGGAGCAGCGGUAUACUUGAGCUACGUGCACCUCCUGUGGUAUCUAUACAGUCAUCAGAACCAUUAUAACAGCUAUUAAGCGAGAUACCGGAAAUUCUGCACCUGUUGCUCCACUAUCCAGAUAAAAAUCGUCAUCUCUGAGUUCUGGAUCAGGACGAAAUCUCAGUAAGCUUCUUUUGUUUUGUGCUGCAAGAUGCAUUUCAUAAGCUUCACAGUUUAGCUUUGAUGCAUAUAAUGCUGUAAGGAAGUGCGAUAUAAAUGUGAUGUGAAAUGGUUAACUUGAGAUGGCCUUACAGAGCUGUUACAUAUAAGAAUGUUGGAAUGAGAAAACAGCACCUUGUCUCAAA